CUUUUUCUGUUCAAAGGUGCUGACUGCCCAGCUCCAAUCAGUAGUUUUGCUGACCUCCAUCUCGAUGAUUCCGUGACGAACUACCUCAAAGAAGCGAGAUUUUUGCGUCCAACACCAAUUCAAAUGCAGUCUCUAAGCUGUUCAUUGAGUGGGAGAGAUGUUAUUGGCCUUGCAGAAACUGGGUCUGGAAAAACAUUGGCAUAUACAUUACCAUUGGCAAUCUGGUUGAAAGAAGAGCCACCUAAGAAACGUGGGGAAUCCCCUGUGGCAUUGAUUGUUGUUCCAACCCGAGAGUUGAUGCAGCAGAUAUUCAGAGACGUGAACAACCUUUUAAAUUGCAUUUGCAUUGACACACAUAUUGCAGCUACACAGCUUCCAAAACUUAGUGGAGCAAUACAAUACAAAGCAGCUGCCAUUUGUGGUGGUGUGUCAGCUCAGGCCCAAAUUCAGGAGAUAGAGGCAGGUGUCGAUGUUAUAGUUGCAACUCCCGGUCGAUUACUUGAUCUAUGUGAUCGUGGUGCACUGUCGUUAUUGGGCAUAAAGUACUUCGUUUUAGAUGAAGUAGAUAGGAUGCUUGGAAUGGGACUUGAAGAGCAAUUGAGAAAGGUUGUUGCGUUGGUAACUGCCGAGAGCAAACCCUGCCAAACGCUAUUGUUUUCCGCUACACUGCCUGAAUCACUGCAGCGGCUGGCAAGGUCUGCUGUAGUGAAUCCUGUCGAGAUUCAAGUAGGUGCCACCCAGGUAACAGCUCCAAAUAUCAAGCAUCAGGUUUUGUUUUUACAUACCUAUGAAAAACCUAGAAAGAUAUUAGAAAUUCUUCGUCAAACUGAAUUCCCUCCUGUUAUAGUGUUUGCAUCUUCUAUACAAGCUGUCGACUUCCUUGUUCGUCAUUUAAGGAAAGAACAGUUUCAUGUGGCAGGUCUGCAUUCAGAAAAGAGUCAAGAAUAUCGAUUUAAACUUAUGACCGGAUUCAAAAAUGGCAAAGUCGAUGUACUUGUUGCUACGGAUUUGGCAUCACGUGGUCUUGACAUUCCCGAGGUGACGCAUGUGAUUAAUUACGAUAUUCCAGACACUAUCGAGGAUUACAUUCACCGAUGCGGUCGUACUGGCAGGAUGUCAAGACAUGGAUUAGCAACUUCUUUUUUGACUUUGGAUUGUAAGAUUGCAGCUGAGCUAAGAGACUUGUUAGAAGCUUUAGAACAACCUCUGCCGAAGGAGUUGGAAAAUGUGAAGAACUUUGGAAAGAAUGUCGUGAAAACGGAAUUUGGCGAUAGAAGCAUCUCGUAACACUGGUAUUAAUAAAGCCCGGUUUUUAUUUUUUGCAAUUCAUCGGCAAUGUUCUCAUGGUCCAUUGUUGGUGAUCAAUUAAGAACAAAAUCCUUCCCGAUGGACAAAGUAUUUUAUACAUCAAUGACCAUUGACAUUGGAGCUUGAUGAGCAUCGCCCAAAUAGAAUAAAAACAGGCAAAACGAAUAGAAGUAUAAGUAACAGUAAUUGAAUAAUUGAACAGGUUGUCACGGAAAAAAAUAAUAACAUGGAAAAGAAAAAACAAUUGAAAUAAUUUAUUUCGGGUCCAAUGUUGACGUUUCUAAAAUCUCUGUUUCUCGCUUUCCCUCGCCCACUACUCAUGUAAUUCGCACUAUAGUAAAUCAGAGAAAGGGAGACUUGAAGAAAUAUUGUGGAAACGUUGUUUCCUACUAUGCUAAUUGGUUAGAAAUUGCAUUCGUACAGC